UCACAGUCAGACUCAGUAUCCCUUGUGGAACUUAACGCGCUGGUGCGCUGUGUGGUUCACUGCUUGGGCUUCCUAAUGCCAGUGUUUGUGUGGUUGCUUCACCAGGUCAUAGAUAACGUCUUGAAACAAGUGGGAAGCCGAAUGCCCCAAGAGCCGCGAUGGCGCCCCGGUCGGAUCUUGUUAUUUCAAAGCCCAUAACUGCUCCUCGGUUUCCCUGAUGUCCUCCUACUCCUGCCAUUCUCCUGAACUGGAAUUCUGCGACGAGGAAACUCACAAUUCCGAAGCGCCCACGAAGCACAACAGAAUAUGCAACAAACUAUCCGUCUGGCAAAUCAUGGAGUAUCACCGGGACUUCGCCUCUGGAGCGAACCCUCCUUUGAGCUCCACUGCCGCCCAGGAAGUCCCGGAGCCUCGCGUGCGCGUGGUUCGCCAGCGACCGCCGGCCGUCGUGAUGGUCAUCGACGUGUCCGGCAGCAUGAACAAGCAGAGGCGCUACAAGAGGCUGCAGCGAGCCAUAACGCGGUAUAUACUUUACGAUGCUCCCGACAACAUCUCCCUGGGCAUUGCCUUAUUCUCCGACGACGUGAAAGUCGUACAGAACCUGACCCAACUCGACAGCGAAGCGACAAGGCACUCCGUCGCUACGAGCUUGAAUCACCGGCCGGUGGGCGGAACAAGCAUCGGCUCCGGGCUCCUGAAGGCCAUUGAGAUUUUGAAGAACGAGACCAACAAGCUGAUAUUCCUAGUGACCGACGGAAAAGAGAACGAGCAGCCUUACAUCAAAGACGUGAUGGGUGGUCUUCUGAGCUCAGGCGCCCGGGUCAUCACGCUGGGCAUUGGGAAGGAAGCGGACCAGCAGCUUAAUAACUUGACGAGAGAGACGUCUGGGGCCUCGUUUCAUUUCGUGGACGAGACCUACAGCUUCAACAUGGAAUUCAGCCUCGAGGCCAUCCAGAAUUUCAUGCCUUCACCCACAAAGAGAAUUGUGCUUUACAGGGAAACAAUCUUAAACGUUAGUCAUUCAACCACGCUGAAGAAGCAGUUCUUCGUUGACUGUUGCCCGAAAAAAAUGGAUGUAAUAAUCGACAUGGAAAGUAACAACCAGCAUAAACCGCACCUUAAAGACCCCAGCGGGCAUGCUGCUAAUGGUCGAUUCGAUCAGUUGUUGGAUGCGUGGGUUUUUGUCGUGAGCAAACCCAAGCCAGGAAAAUGGCAAUGGCAUGUUAGAAUAACAAAUGGAGCAAGCAGCGUAAGGUAUAGUGUUAAAGUACAGGCUGGUGAUUCCUCCCUCAUCUCGGUGCGAACUUGGAAAAAUAGUUCACCCUCUGAGAAAAAUGUUAUCUAUAUAACUGAAUUAAUGAAAGGAGUCUGCCCAGUUCAACGUGCCAGAGUAAGCGUGGAAGUGAAGGAUAUCGACUCGGGCGCUAAAACGACCCUAACGCUGCAAGACGAUGGCAAGCACUCUGACCUGAUCAGCGGCGAUGGAAUCUAUUCCGGCUCCUUGAAGGAUACCAGUGGAAUCUUCACAUUGGCCACCAUGAUAAGUGGAACGAACGCGACUCUCUCAUGCCCGGGGAGCAGCGGGGCAAGUCGCCGGCGUCGGCAAGUUCGACUGCGACCCGCUUACUGUUGUGGGAGCACCGUUACCACCGCCGGGGAUUCGAUGCCCACGGGGACGUUCCACAGAUCAAGCAGUUCGGGUUCCAUCGAAAUCACGAACGCCCCUCCCAAAGGGUCACUCCCGCCUUCGCCUGUGCGAGAUCUGAAGGUGUUGGCGCUGACGCCCAACACAUACCAGUUCUCCUGGACUGCCACUGGCGACGACUUGGACGACGGUGUGGUAAGCGAGUACGAGCUGCUUUUGCUAGACAGCUGGACGGGACGCGCCAAGGACUUCGAACAUGCCCGCCCCAUCAACCUCAGCCGCGUGGUCGAGCGAGACUUCGAGACCAAAGUGCUCCUCGAGGCCGGGUCGAAGGUCGUCGUCAAUGUCUCGCUGGAAGUGGACCGGGAGAAAUACCUGACCAUCAGAGCGGUCGACGCCGAGGGCAACAGAGGCAUUGUGUCCAAUGUGGUCACUUUAAGUUUCGCCGGAGAGUCUACAAGCGUCGCUCCCACCGACGAAAGCACUAUGACCAUGGACCCCAGCAGUACAGUGGAGACCGGGACUGAAAGUGGCAGUACCAGUGACCCCAGAAUCAACAGAGAUCACACCAAGACUGUUAAUGGCACGAGGGUCAGCGGUCAUCACAAUGCAAUGAACGUCUCCGGCACCAACAGUAACAGCUCAUGGAAUAAAGACAGAGACUCUACAAAGGUGGUGGUCAUUAUUUUGCUUGUAACAGUGUGCUUGGUAACGAUACUUGUCUUUUGCUCGGUGCACUACUGCCGCAGGAAGGCAAAUUGGAGGCCAAAGCUGUGAGAAAUGACCGCCUCUAAUGUCAUUUGUCUGAUUAGAGAAAUGCUAUGAUUUCAUACCAGCCUACAUAUAUAAUUAUCAGUAAAUAUCUGUCAAUAUGCAGGCACAAAAAAUAACCUGUGAUAAAACUGGAUUCAGUGUAGCGGUGUUUUGCAUUCAUAUUUACUGUCUGUAAAUCAUCAUUGAUUUUCAAAGAUCUAUACCUAAUUCUAUUCUAAUGCUUUGCUUGCUUGCCUGG